UCUCUCGCCUUGCAAACUUUCAUUUCCAUUUUCAGUGAAGUUUCUUCAUCCGAGUUCUUUUCGUUCUCAUCGUUCAAAAUUCGCCGGAAAUCUUCACGAUCCGCCAUUGAAACGCCGCUCCGAGUUCGAUUUUUCUUUUUUCGUUAGUAAAUGAGGUGCAAGAAGCACCAGUUUGACUGCAGCAGUAGCAUCGGCGUCUGUGCUUCCUGUUUACGGGAGCGUCUUUUUUUGAUUAUCGCUGCUCAGGCACAAGCGGAGAAGCAAUCGGAGAUCCGUGCCGCCGCUGCCGGUGAUAAUCGUGCGGCGGACGAUAGACCUCUUCCGCCACCGCCGCUUGUUUUUCUUCGUUCUGUUUCUCCUUUUGAUCAUCGUUUGAAAUCGGAUGAAGGUUUGUUGAGCGAUCUCGAUCGCGAAGGAAAUCGCCAUCAGCGAUUUUACAGUACUCCGCAAAUCGGACCUGAUUACAGAACGAAUAACACUGCGAACUCUACAUUCGUUACAACAGGUUCGUUCGAUCGGAAAAAGAGGAGUAAAUUUUCGCUCUGGUCGAAGCUUUUUAAAUCUAGAUCCGAGAAAUUCGAGAAGAAGCAUAAAAGUCCUUCUCACGAAUCGCACGGUUCUGAUUCGGCUUCUUUAUCGCCGUCGUGGUUCUCGACGAUCUUGAACGGCCGUCGGAUUAAGCAGCAAUCGAGCCUUGCGACAGUCGAGGAAUCGAUCGCUGGUGCCGAACGGAGGCAUCAUUGUCAAACGAUUAAACGCGGAAUGUCGCCGGCGAUAAUAUCGGAAUCGGAUGAAGAAGAGUGCGAAAGUCACGGUCGUUCUCCAAUUUCUCAGAAGUUUCAACAAUCUCCAAUGACGAUUCCUGGAUCGGCUAAACGAGAGAAAUUAGGGCACAAACAGAACGUUUCAGGAUUCGCAUUUUGUUUGAGUCCUCUGGUACGAGCAAGUCCCAACCGGAAUUGGAAUCAGAAGGUAAUUCCGCCGGAAGUUUCUUUCUCCGGCAAUCUUAGGGUUCCGGGGAAGCCUCAUCUCUGUGCGAAUCGGUCGAGGAAGAUAGCGGACUUUGGAAGAGUCAAUCACAACCGUUGAUAUCGACUACCGUUGACAUUUGACCAUAGAAUUGAUCGGUGAUGGUGAUACUAUUGGCAAAUGUACGAUUCUACCCCUCCAGUUUUCUUUUUAAAAAUUUUAAAUCCUUUUUCCUCUGCGAUAAAAGGCCACGCGAUGUCGGGGAUUAGUUUCUUUGCUA